AAAGGUGUGUGUUUAUGAGUGUUCGCUGUGUGUCCGCUCCUCAUUCUCGGUCAUGCGUCCGCUGACUGCAGAUCAGCCUGGAGCAGCGCAGUGAUCUGGCCAAUCAGAGCAGCAGCAGCAGAGGGCUGAUGGAGGUGGAGAUGGAGGACAAGCACAAAACUGAGGAAAAUACACACAAACACAAUGACAAAGUCCCACCCAAACCGCGUCUGACUGUGUGUUUGAUCAGCGCUGCGUUCUUUGGAUCUGUCGGAUCGUCCUUCCUGUACGGAUAUAACCUGUCGGUGGUCAACGCUCCGACCAGCUACAUAAAGGCCUUCUACAACCGGACAUGGCUGAGUCGCUAUAAUGAGCCCAUUGGAGAGGGUACGGUGACCCUGCUGUGGUCCGUCACCGUCUCCAUCUUCGCCAUCGGGGGUCUGGUGGGAGCGCUGACCGUCUCCUUCCUCAUCAAAGCCCUGGGCAGGAAAGGAACUCUCCUGGCCAAUAAUGCUCUGGCUUUCAUUGCUGCAAUCCUAUUGGCUCUGGGAGAGAUGGCUGGAUCCUUUGAGAUGCUCAUCAUUGGCCGCUUUAUCAUCGGCAUGGAUUCAGGCGUGUCUCUCAGUGUGUUGCCCAUGUAUCUGGGUGAGAUCUCUCCUCGGCAGGUGCGUGGGUCCAUCGGUCAGUUUCACGCCAUCUUCAUCUGUCUGGGUGUUUUCAUUGGUCAGGUGUUAGGACUGCCGGAGAUAUUCGGACAGGAGAACAGGUGGAACUUCCUGUUUGCGUUCCUGGCGUUUCCUGCGCUGCUGCAGCUCUGCGUUCUGCCCUUUCUGCCCGAGAGCCCCAGAUUCCUGCUGAUGGAGCGACGGGACGAGGCCGGAGCGGAGAAAGCGUUCCAGGCGUUCCUGGGCCGCACAGACGUGAGCGCUGAACUAGAGGAGGUUCACGCUGAGAGUCGAGCGCAGAACACACAGCGGACAGCGUCCGUGCUGGAGCUCUUCCGCACACACACACUCCGCUGGCAGCUGAUCACUGUCAUCGUCGUCAUGAGCUGCUAUCAGCUGUGUGGACUGAACGCUAUCUGGUAUUACACCAACGGGAUCUUCGAGGAGGCCGGCUUCGAGAAAACACUGAUCCCCUACAUCACACUGAGCACCGGCGGCAUCGAGACACUGGCGGCCAUCAUAUCAGGUCUGGUGAUUGAGAAAGUGGGCCGGCGGCCGCUGCUGAUCUUCGGCUUCUCAGCGAUGGCGGUGUUCUUCAGUCUGCUCACAGUCUUCCUGCACUUCCAGGACAGGUUCUCUUGGAUGCCGUAUCUCAGCUUCACCUCCAUCCUGCUGCUGAUCGCCUCCUUCUGCUCCGGUCCAGGUGGUGUCCCGUUUGUGUUGACCGGAGAGUUGUUUGAGCAGAAGUAUCGUCCGGCUGCGUUCAUGAUCGCAGGAAUCGUCAACUGGCUCUCAAACUUCGCUGUGGGUCUCCUGUUCCCCUUCAUACAGGAGGCGCUGCAGACCUUUGCGUUCCUGCUGUUUGUGGUGGUCUGUGCCGCCGGUGCGGUUUACCUGCUCAUCGUCCUGCCGGAAACCAAGAACAAGACCUUCGUGGAGAUCAGCCGGAGCUUCGGGAAGAUCAACGGAGUGCAGGAGCAGACUCUAGAGCGCGAGAUGAAGAACGUGCUGGACUGCCAGACCCCUAACGGGCUGAAGGGUGGAGGCGUGGAGGCCGAGAGCAGCUUCUGAAUGGAGUUACAUUCGUGCCACAGUCCUGCAGGCAGAAGAUCAUGUCCUGAGCGCACAGAAUGACCUGUCGGACGCGAGUUUACUCAGUUUUGAGGAUUUUGCGGUGUCUUUUAUGGUAUGCAGCAUCAGCAGGCUCAGCAUGAAUCCCAGCAUGAAUCCUAGCCAAUCAGACGGUUGCUCUAUUCUGAUUGGCUUACUUGAUCAUAUUGUGACACUGGGUUUAUGUUAAGAGAGUCGGCUGACCACAGUCAAGAGACCACAAGAAUCUCAGACCAGAUUAAACACACUCAGCAGGUCAUCUUAUCUGCUCAACAUGAUCAUUGCACACAGAAUUAUGGCACAAAUGGAGCUCCAUACUUCAGAAGGGUGGAGAGGUGGAGAUCUGCUCCUGAAGGUGCUGUUAAAGCUGAAUCUCCUGCUGCACAUCAGUGUCCACUGCAGACACACACACACACACACACCCUCAAACACACUCAGUGGAGCAACAUGCCCAUAACCACACCUGAUCUGAGAAUCAGAUGAGAAUCAUCUGUAUUCAAUCUGAGAAUCAUCUGUAUUCAAUAUUCUAAUGAAGUUUAGCAUAAAACAAUAAUUCAUCAUUUUAAUCCAAACAACAUCUUUUAGAUAUAACAAAAAUAUAGCAGUGCAACAUCCAAGCAGAAACCCCCUAACCAUGAGAAUAAAGACAUGUACACAUGCUCAAAUAUAUAUAUACACACAGCUGAAGCCAGAAUUAUUCACCCCUCUUUGAAUUUACUUUUCUUUGUUUAAUUAUUCCCCAAAUGAUGUUUCUCAGAUUGAGGAGUUUCUCUCAGUAUUUCCUCUAAUAUUAGUUCUUCUGGAGAAAGUCUUAUUAGUUUUAUUUCAGCUAGAAUAAAAGCAGUUUUAAUAGUUUUAAAGUCAUGUUAAGCUCAAUAUUAUUAGCCCCCUUCAGCAAUAUUAGUUUUGGAUUGUCUCCAGAAUAAACCACUGUUAUACAAUGACUUGCCUAAUUACCCUAACUUUACCCUAAUUACCCUAGUUAAGCCUUUAAAUGUCACUUUAAGCUGAAUACUAGUGUCUUGAAGAAUAUCUAGUCUAAUAUUAUGUGCUGUCAUUAUGAUGAAGAGGAAAGACAUCAGUGAUUAGAGAUGAGUUAUUAACACUAUUAUGAUUAGAGAUGUGCUGGAGAAAUCUGCUCUCCGUUAAACAGAAAUUGGGGAAAAAAAUAAACAAGGGGGGCGAAUAAUUCUGACCUCAACUGUGUAUAAAUAUAUAUAUAUAUAUAUAUAUAUGAAUAGGUUUUCUGUAUGUGUUUAUUGAAUAUGAUUAUCUUGAACUUAUAAAAAAUAGAUUAACCUUAAACAAUAAUAAUAAUUAUAAAUAUAUAUAAUAUAAUAUAUUACUUGACAAAACAUAAACAUGUUGACAGAAACAUUACUAUAAUGGCCUGUGUGUUUAUGUCUGAAAGUGUGUGUGUGUGUGUGUGUGCGUGCGUGCGUGCGUGCGUGCGUGCGUGUGUGUGUGUGUGUGUGAGAUGUUCUAGAGCAGCUACAUCAUAAUAAGCAUUGUUUGAAUAAUAUUGGAGUAUUUCUAAUAAAGGAGUUUUCUUAAUAAUAA